AUGAGCCAGACGCAGGAAUACAAACUCAAAUCCAUAACCUCCCUCUCAGACCUGAAGGAACUCGAUAAACUCGAGUCCGAGGUCGAGGGCAUCGAUGACGCGAAGAUCCUCCUCGUCAAACAUAACGGGCAGGUUCAUGCCCUCAGCCAUAAAUGUACGCAUUAUGGGGCGCCGUUGAAGCUCGGCGUCGUUGCGCCGGAUGGGAGGAUUACUUGUCCUUGGCAUGGUGCUUGCUUUAAUGUCGGCACCGGUGAUGUCGAAGACGCCCCCGCUCCGAACGCGUUGAAUAAAUUCGAAGUCGUGGAGAAGAACGGCGCGGUUUAUGUCAAGGGCGAGGAAUCGGUGAUUAAGUCCGGGCAGAGAGAUCCUGCUGUGAAAUGCAGUGUUUCGUCGGCUGAGGCUGAGAAGGUUGUUGUCGUUGGAGGUGGCUCCGGAACCCUAGGUACCGUCCAGGCCCUCCGAGAGAUGAAAUACAAAGGCGCCAUCACGGUCAUCUCCCGCGAACCGAACCUCAUCAUCGAUCGGACCAAGCUGUCCAAGGCUCUGAUCCCCGACGCGGAGAAGAUCCAGUGGCGUCCGCGGGAAUGGUACCAGGAAGCUUCCAUCGACAUGGUCUCCGACGAGGUGACCGGCGUCGACUUUACCAAGAAGACCGUGGCCACCAAGUCCGGCACCAGCUAUCCCUAUACCAAGCUGGUUCUGGCCACGGGAGGUGUCCCGCGCGGUCUGCCCCUAGACGGGUUCAAGGAUCUCGGUAACAUCUUCCAGCUGCGGGACGUGACGCACGUGCAGUCCAUCCUGGCAGCCGUCGGCGAGGAGAAGAACAAGAAGAUCGUAGUCAUCGGCAGCUCGUUUAUCGGGAUGGAAGUCGGCAACGCCCUCGCCAAGGAGAACGAGGUCACCAUCGUCGGCCAGGAAAAGGCCCCCAUGGAACGCGUCAUGGGCGAAAAGGUCGGCCGCAUCUUCCAGAACAACCUCGAGAAAGCCGGCGUGAAGUUCAAGCUUGAAGCCGGCGUCGCCAAAGCCACGCCCUCCAAGACUGACGCCGGUAAAGUCGGCGCCGUCCAUCUGAACGACGGCUCCGUGCUGCCCGCCGACCUGGUCGUGCUCGGUGUCGGCGUGCGCCCGGCGACCGAUUUCCUCCAGAACAACGCAUCCGUGCAGCUCGAGAAAGACGGCUCCAUCAAGACAGACGAGCACUUCGUCGUCCCGGGCCUGAACAACGACGUCUUCGCCAUCGGCGACAUCGCCACAUACCCGUACCACGGACCCGGCACGGACCCCAAGACUGGCACAUACACUCGCAUCGAGCACUGGAACGUGGCCCAGAACGCGGGACGCGGCGUGGCGCGCGCCAUCGUGCACAGUCAAGCCUCAUCCUCCUCGCUGCAAUCCCUCAAACCCAAAACCUUCAUCCCGAUCUUCUGGUCCGCGCUAGGCGCCCAGCUGCGGUAUUGCGGUAACACGCCCAACGGCUGGGACGGGCUGGUGCUGCAGGGCGAGCCGGAUAACGGCAAAUUCGCCGCGUACUACACCAAGGGGGAAACAGUGGUGGCCGUGGCCACGAUGGGCAUGGACCCUGUCAUGGCGCAGAGCGCGGAGCUGAUGCGUCGGGGGAAUAUGCCGACGAAGUCGCAGAUUGAGGGUGGAUUGGACGUUCUUACAGUUGGUGUACCGAAGACGGUGAAGGUAUAA